AUGACCAUAGUUAACAAGGCAAAAUCUUCAAAAUCUAAGAAAUCAUCAUCAAGGCGGUCUGACAAAUCUAUGAAACCCCGUACUAAAAAAAUGACGUCACGCACCGCAAAUUUGGGCCGGGCACCACCUGCAGAAGAUCCAAACAAAGUCUCUGUGGACAAAGGAGCUGGAGGUGAUAUUUAUUGUAGAUCAUCUCAAAAAUCUAAGCCUUUUGCCCAAAGAGAUCUAGUUUUUAAUGACGGAAUUGCCCCUCCGCAAAGGAUUCUUUUUCCACCUGAGAAAAUUUGUAUGGAUUGGCAACAAACACAAAGCGUUGGAGUUGGACUGCAGAAUCUCGGCAACACGUGUUUCCUGAAUUCCACUCUACAGUGUUUGACCUACACGCCUCCUCUCGCCAAUUACAUGCUUUCUCUUGAACACACCCAGUCAUGUCAUGAAGAAGGCUUCUGUAUGAUGUGUACAAUGGAAACUCACAUUAAUCAGGUCCUGUGUUGCUCUAAUAAUGCCAUCAAACCUACAUCUGUUAUCAAUGGCCUUAAAAGAAUAGGAAAACAUUUCCAUUUUGGCAGUCAAGAGGAUGCACAUGAAUUCUUAUGCUUCACUGUUGAUGCUUUGCAGAAAGCUUGCUUGAAUGGAAGCACCAAAUUGGACAGAUCUUCUCAAGCCACCACACUUAUUUAUCAAAUAUUUGGAGGAUAUCUAAGAUCCCGAGUAAAGUGCUUGAACUGCAAAGCAGUUUCGGAUACAUAUGAGCCAUUCCUCGAUAUUCCUUUGGAUAUAAAGGCAGUUACAUCUGUCACCAGAGCUCUAGAACAAUUUGUGAAACCGGAACAACUGGACGGUGAAAAUAGCUAUAAGUGUAGCAAGUGUAAAAAGAUGGUUCCUGCGUCGAAGAGGUAUACGAUACAUCGUUCUUCCAACGUUCUCACAAUAUCAUUGAAAAGAUUCGCAAAUUUUACAGGUGGAAAGAUCAACAAGGAUGUAAAAUAUCCGGAAUAUUUGGAUCUUCGAGCAUAUAUGUCCCAAUCGAUUGGAGAACCACUCAUCUAUGCUUUGUACGCAGUUCUUGUACAUAGUGGCUUCAACUGUAACGCCGGACACUAUCUCUGCUUCAUAAAGGCAGGUAAUGGACUUUGGUAUCGAAUGAAUGAUGCCUCAGUAGAACUUUCUGAUAUCAAAACAGUUCUCAAUCAGCAAGCUUAUGUACUUUUUUAUAUCAGGCGCUAUGAUUUGACGCUCGGAGAACGUGCUUUUUACUUGCCAGCACCGUCCUAUCCCCGUUCAUUCCUUGGUCAGCGGGGGGCUAAUAAUAAGCAGGCAGGAUACAUGGGACCACGACUUCCUCCUCAUAUGAUUAAGAAUUCAAGUCGCUUAAAUGGAAAUGGACCCCUGAAAGAGGAUCCAAAUACUGCUGGUGUCACCCUAAAAAGGCCGUCUUCAGCUCCACCAGCAGCUUGCGUUCAAAACUGGGCAAUUACCAGGCCUCCAAUUACUGACCCAUCAAAAAACCAGAAGAUCACUAUCAGUAUUCAUAACAAAUUGCCUGCACAUCAGACUGUGUUGCAACCGGACUGUCUUAGCAGUGCUGCAGCGGAUGAGGAUCUAAGCAAGCCUGUUCCUUCAUCCACAGUUACAAAUUCUUCUGCAGCAGAGUCUACCUCAAACGCAUCUACAAUGUCAGUUGCUACUAAUGUUUCCAAACAGGACGUUCCUGAUGAAAUUUUUGUUGAGCCAGCAGUGAAUGGAAAUCCUAAACUCAGCUCUGAUAACGCAGUCCCUUACAGUGUAGAAUCUUCAGGAAAGUCUGAGGAGUCCAAGGGGUUGUUUAAAAGGAAUUGCAACAUAGUAUCUUCUAAUGGACUUUUGAUUGGAAAGGUGGUCCGUACAUUGCAGAAUUCCCAUUCUUCCUGUCAGAAUGCUGAGGAAGAAAGAUCUCAGCAUGAGCUGCCAAAAAACGAUUCACUAAAUGGUGCUAUUAGUUUAGACAAUGAAUCUAAAGAAAAUGGACUGAAACUUGAUGAUUCCACUUGCCAAGUCCAACCUGUUAAACCUUCCGAGAUUUUCUUUUCUAAAACAAAUGGAUUGCUUGAAACGAUGCCUAUAGCUUUGUCACCGGUUCCUCAAGAAAUAAUCUUAGAAUCUCUCACAUACAGCCAGUUGAACAGCUUGUCAGAGGAAAUAAGUGCCCCUGGAGCACAGAAAUCUUCUGAGAAUGAUGCUCUUAUGGAAACUGUAGUGAUGGAUGCACUGUUUGCCUAUGAAGAAUCGAGGAAGGCUCCUUCCAACUUUAGCUGUGAGGUUGAGAAUCUUUUUACUCAAUCAGAUUCUGAAACCGUUUCUACCAAAGAAGAAGUUGCUGAAAGUAUUAUAACAAAAGCUGAUAAUGCGCAUCCCAGUAUCAAUGGUCAGCACAAGGUCAGGAAAAAAUCCUUGGACACUGAAGAUGAAUUCCUUGGACAGUGUGAGUCUGAAGACAAUAGAGACAAAGACAGACCAAGAAGAUCAAAAGAACAUGAACUCGUUUCAAAAGAAAAUCCUUUGUACAUCAAAGGGUCUCCUGAGAGUGAAGAGAAAUUAGGGCAAACUUCCUCUAUAAAGUCUGACAUUGAAUGUAGUUCUAAAAAACUUGCAUCUCUAGACAUUACAGAUAAAUGCCAAGAUACAAAGGACAUUUCAAAUAACUACGUAGAGGUACCACCUGUUAAUGACUCUUCUAUUAUGAAGCUGGAUAAAGUUUUGGAGAGUCAAUUUUCUAGAGAAAAUGAGGGACUUAAUAAUAAAAAAUGUGAAGAAGAUAAACAUAGGAAAAAAUAUAAGAAAAAAAUAUAUGACUCUAAAAAAAAUGACAAAGAGCACUACCGAAAGAAGAGAGAACACUCAGACACUGAAGAAAGGGAGGAGAAGCAAACCAGGAGCAAACCAGAUGAUCAUUCCCACAAGAGGAGACGCUCUCGCAGUGCGGAAACAAAUAAGCAAAAUCGUCAUAAGCAGGAGUAUUGCAACGAAAGCAAGUACAGAUCUUCCCAUAAUGAAAGAAACAGUCCAAAUAAUGGCAAAAGCUCAGGAAAAUAUUCUCGUUAUAGAUCCCGAAGCAGAGAAAGAACAGAACAAGACAGGAAUAGGUAUUAUCAUUCCAAAAGAGAGAGAACUUGGAGCAGAGAAAGAUACUAUCAAGAUGAGCCACGGAGAUGGGAAAAAUGCAGAUACUACAAUGAUUAUUAUUCCUCCCAUGGAGCAAGAGAUGGUAGACAGAGAAAGUCCUCUUACUGUGAUAAAGACUUUGACAAAUCGAUUCAAGCCUACAACAACAGGUCACAUAAGAAUUAUCAUUGCAAAAGCAGAUGGCCUCACAACACAUUCUCUAGAGAGGAAGAUGUAUAUCAUUUUAGCAGCCACAGAGCAAACUUACAUCAUUGUUUGGUACCGCAGCAGCAAUCCGAAAAAUAUUCUCGUGAAAGGCAUGUGCUUCCGCCUAUGUCAACUCAUUCAAAUUUUGAGGACUCUUCCCAGGAAAAUGAAAAAGAAAAAAUAAGAAAUGGCAAAAGAAAAUAUACCCAUGCAGAAGAAAGUGAGAGUGAAAUAGAAAAGAAAUGCCGAAAGAUAGGUGACCAAAGAAUGAAAAAAUACAAAAAGGUCAAGAAGAAAAAGAAGUCCAAAGAUAAACAUCGAGAGAAGGAUUACAAACUUUAUGAUUUGGAUUUCUCUGUGCUCCGCUUUGACAAUGACAAUCGCAAACAUAAGAAAAAGAAGAAAAAGAAGAAAGACAUCAGGAAACUGAAAGGUUUCUUGGAAUAUUUAGAUCCUCGUUUCCGGAAGAAGACACGAGAGAAGAAGGAAGAAUCCUCUCCUACAGCAGACUAUUUAUGUGAGCAAUACAGAAACCAGGGCACUAAACAACCCUACAAGGAAGGGAAGCCUUCUGGUGCAGGUGAAAGCAAGAAAUACAGCUCCGUCCCAUCCAAUGAGUAUGUUAAAGAUGCGGAGCUCACUGAUGGAAGCCUUCAAUACUCAAACUAA